AUGCAGUCCGCAGAGCUUGGCUUCUCGUUAACCCAGCCAGAAAUAGCCCCUAAAGACCUCCCGAAAAUCCUUCAAGCGGAUGCACGACCCAGUGCUGCAGAGUCCUUGCAACCCACCAAGCAAACCCCGCUGCUCGACUGGUCUAUGCUUCAGAUGGCGAAUCACCAUCGUGGACCAGCCGACAACAACGACAUGGGUGGCAUGCGGUCUGAUGGGGCCGGGGGAGGGCGGUGGUGGGUUGGUCGAGACUUGAAAUCCACAGGCGGGUUCAGUUCUGACCUAAAGAAGUGA